AUGGACGAGUUUGAUCAGCUGCUGUUUCUGGAGGAAGAGCUUAUUGCCCAGGGUCAUGCGCAGGGGCUUGUACAGGGCGAGGAAGAGGGCCAUGCUGAGGCACGGAGGCUGGGCUUUUUCCAUGGCCGGGAGUUGGCCAUGGAGGUGGGCUACUACCGCGCGUAUCUAGCGACGGUGGCGGCGACCGAGGCGGCGACCGAGGCGGCGGUCGAGGCGGCAGCCGAAGCGGCUGUAGCCGAAAUGGAAGAGCGGCUGGCAGCAGGCGUCCCGUUUGAUCCGGCAGAGAUGGAGCCGCUCCGCGCUGUGAUGCGGCGGUAUGCGGCGGGGGCCGGCAUCGAGCUGCGGUAUGGGCCACCUGAUCUGGGCGCCGAGGAGGUGCGAAUCGCCAAAUGGCUGCGGAGCCGCCGCAGCGGUGUCGACCGCGCGCGGGUGGCGCUGGCGCUAGACGGCGGUGACGACAGUGAGGCUGAAUGCGUCGGCGAUGCCGAAGGCGGGAGUGGCCGCGACGGCGAGGACGAUCUCGAUUGGUAGUUUCAAUGGCGGCGGGUCAGGAUGGUGGCGGGAGGAGCUGGGCCGCGUCAGCGCACUGCUGGACCCAGGCCGGCGUGACGUAGGUCGGCCCGGUGCCGGGGGAUCGCGACUCUGGAAGCGGCAGCGCUUCUUUGGCGACGACAACAACGUGGACGCCUGGGCCAGGCUCGCGCCGGAGCCGCCCGCCGUAGGCCACGAUGUGGCGGGAGAGCUGCUUGCGGGUGACCGGCUGUAGCGAGCCGUCGUCGACGAGAAAGACGAGGUUGGCGAAAAACGCGGCAGUGGGGCAAGACCGGCAGCGAUGGCGGACGACGAAGCACGGCGAAGAGGGGCCAACGACGAUGACGCCGACGACGCGGCACAUGCGUCACCGGCAUCGGCAAUGCCGUCAUCAUUGUCGUCGGUGUCAGCGUUGUAGUCGGCGAUCUCCUCCGUCGAGCCCGACGCCGACGUUGUAGCUGGGGCCGCAGCCGGGGCUGCCGGGGCUGAGGCGGUUGAGGGAAGUGGCGCAGGCGCGUGGGCCGCGUAGCUGUCGUGGAGCCAGUCGGGACCGACGACCGGCUUGCCUGCGGCGCGAGCGGCCUUGACCUUGGCGGCGUGAUCAAAGCCAGGUGCGGCGAUGAGCAAAUUGCAAGCUGCCGACCAGGCUGCGGAGUAUGUGGCCCCCAUGGCGGCGGCGAGGCUGCGGAGGGUGGCGCGCUCGGGAUUGGCGAUGCCAGAAAUGGUAAAGGUGAUGUGGGCAA